AUGAAAGCCGUUCAAAUCCUCGGAGACGCAUCAUCUCCCAAAAUCGCCAUCAAAAAUUCCAUAGCCAAGCCUAAUCCUACCAACGCCAACAUUCUCAUUCACGUUCACGCAGCUGGUAUAACUGGCGAUGAAGUGACAUGGCCAGAAGUCUACCAAACACCCACCCGCGUCCCAGGUCAUGACAUAUCAGGAACCAUCGCUUCUUUCGGUCCAGAUUACGACGGCCCGCUGACUAUUGGACAAUAUAUCUUUGCUAUGAUCGCUGCAGAUCGUGGCGAGGGACAGGCGGAGUAUGUCGUCUGCAAACCGGAUGAGGUUGCUCCGAAACCGAUAUCGUUGUCACAUACGGAGGCUGCAGUAUUGCCUAUUCCGGCUCUUACCGCGUGGGAGGCAAUUACAGAGCACUCAACUGUCACUUCCGAGAUGAGGGUUUUGGUGACUGGGGCCUCGGGCUCUGUUGGGAGGCUUUACGUACAGCUCGUCAAACAUCUCACUGGAGCUCAUGUUAUUGCACUGGCUUCAAGGCGUAACCACGACCUCUUGAAGACUCUUGGAGCCAAUGAAGUCAUUGAUUAUACCUCUUUCGACUGGGAGAGAUCAGUUAAGAACGUUGACCUUGUAUUCGACACAGUCGGUGGAGAAGUCCUAUCUAAAACCUGGGGAACUGUCAAACCCGAUGGUAGUAUCAUUACAGUCGGAGAUCCCGCACCGGCAUGGGCAUUCACCGAUGAAAAGGCUUCAGAGUCAUUAAGAUAUCCGGGUGUCAAGUACAAGCAUUUUAUCCUUUCGCCCAACGCAAAAAGACUAGCCCAAGUGGGAAGUAUGGUUGACGAGGGCUUGUUGAAGCCAUUGGUGGUAAAGACCUUUCCUUUUGAGCAGGGUGUUGAGGCUUGGGAUCAUGCGAGACAGCGAGGAAGGGAUUAUAAAGUUGUUAUUGAGUUCUAG